UUGAUGAAAGAGAUCAUCCUAUCUUUGCCUUGCCUUCUUAUAAAAACUUAUAUUGGGCCGUAGCAUUACUCAAAUCUUCACACUCGCCCAUCAAAACCAACCUUCUUCCACACAGAACUGAUUCUGCGUUUCAUACAAUCAAACCACGCCAGCGAAAAAGAGGUAACCGGCCCCUCAAGAAAUGGACUCAAUCAAGUCCUUCAAGGGCUACGGUAAGGUGGAUGAGCACCAGCAUCAAGAGUUCCGUCGGAAGACACGUAAGCGUCUCAUCAUCAUCAUUGUCGCCGCGAUCGUUCUAGUAACGGUAAUCGUCGGUGUAGUUGUAGGAACUGUCGUUCACAAACGAAAGGGCGAUUCAUCUUCCGACAAUGCCGCUCCCACUUCCGAGCUGACUCCGGCCGCUUCACUCGACGCCGUCUGCAGUGUGACUCAGUACCCUGCGUCUUGCUUCUCCAGCAUGUCUACUCUUGAAACCGCCAACACCUCCGAUCCCAAAGUUCUAUUCAAGAUCUCUCUGCAAGUCGCGAUUAAAGAGCUCUCGAAGCUCGUGGACUUUCCAGCGAAGUUAAUUGAAAAAAGCAAUGAUACACGAGUCAGGGAGGCUUUGAAGGUUUGCGAGAAUGUUCUGAAUGAUGCACUGGAUAGCCUAAACAACUCCGUAUCGUCAUCGAAAAUUGAUGACAUGAGGACUUGGUUAAGUACUUCCAUGACUGACCAAGAAACAUGUUUAGAUGCCCUAGACGAGUUAAAUUCGACUAUUCUUGAAGAAGUGAGAACCGCGAUGGAAAAUUCCACCGAGUUUGUAAGCAAUAGUUUGGCCAUUGUUACCAAGAUUUUGAGUUUAUUGGCCGAUUUCAGUAGCCCGAUUCACCGGAGGCUGCUUGCGACUGAGUCAGGAUUUCCGAGUUGGUUGAGUGCAGGUGACCGGCGGCUGCUCCAGAAUACAAAUUCAACGACGGUGCAGCAGGUCACGGUGGCGAAGGAUGGGACUGGGGAUUUCAAGACGAUAGCCGAGGCGGUGGACAUUGUGCCGACGAAUAGUAAGACUAGAUUCGUGGUUUAUGUGAAGGAAGGUGUGUACGAGGAGAAUGUGGUUUUGGAUAAGAACAAGUGGAAUGUCUUGAUGUACGGCGACGGGAAGGACAAGACCAUCGUUUCCGGCAGUAAGAACUUCAUCGACGGGACUCCCACCUUCCACACCGCCACAUUUGCUGUUGCGGGAAAGGGUUUUAUGGCAAAGGACAUGAAGUUCAUUAACACGGCAGGAGCAGCAAAGCACCAAGCAGUGGCCUUCCGUUCUGGUUCAGACAUGUCUGUAUAUUAUAAUUGCGCAUUUGAUGCCUACCAGGACACCCUAUACGCUCAUUCCAAUCGACAAUUCUACCGAGACUGUGACAUCACUGGCACCAUUGACUUCAUCUUUGGCAAUGCUGCUGUUGUUUUCCAGAACUGCAACAUCCAGCCCAGGCAACCACUGCCUAACCAAUUCAACACCAUUACAGCUCAGGGAAAGAAGGACCCUAAUCAAAACACUGGCAUUUCAAUCCAGAAGUGUACAUUUUCUGCCUUGGACAAAAACCUUACAGCUCCAACAUACCUUGGCCGGCCUUGGAAAGAGUACUCCACAACAGUGAUAAUGCAGUCCACCAUUGAAGCAUUCCUGAAUCCAUUGGGCUGGACAGAAUGGAUCAGCAAUGUUGACCCUCCCAGAACCAUAUUCUACGCUGAGUACCAGAACUCAGGGCCUGGAUCAAGUGUUGAUCAACGGGUCAAGUGGGUUGGUUACAAGUCCUCUCUCACAGAAGAUGAGGCUGGAAAGUUCACUGUGGGAUCAUUUAUUCAGGGCCAGGAAUGGUUGCCAAUCACUAGUGUUCGAUUUGACAACUCUUUGUGAUCUGAAAGCAGAUAAAGAGAUGGAAAUCAGAAUUUGAGCACAGUAUAUGAUGAUUUAAGUUCCUAUAUUUCUUUCUAGAUAUUGAAAUUGGUCUGGAGCAUGUGAAGGCCAUGUGAGACUAAAGUGUGCAAUGAGGUGCGAGUGUUUUCUUUAGGUAUCUUCUUCAUUUAAUUUUGGCAAAUUGUAUUUUAACAGUCCCCAGCUGUAAGUUAUUGCUAUUCAGCCAUAAAUAUACAAGAAUGAAUACAAGCGUUGAUUCUCAGUGGUAAA